UUUGGCUGUGGAUUAAUAUAAAUUCUUAAUAAAGAUGAAUAAAGUUCUAAACCUAACUAUACUAGCCAUACUCUGCAUGGCCUCAAGGCAAGUGAAUGCCAACCAGUGAUCUUCCUUGGUGGACUCUAAUCUUGGAGGAUUCUCUUUGAAAUUUAAAUACCUGGAUUCAAAUCGAGAAGUGACCAAUAUUGUCCCUUCAAGCGAUCUAAACAGCAUUUUCGUGGCUUCAAAAGCAUCAGUAGCUGUUUCACCCACAGAUUUUACACAGACCAACAUCGAGAAGAGACUCUCUGAUUUUACUCAAUCCUGGGUGAUUUCACUUAAUUAUGUGAUUGAAACUAAUUCGGUAGUGAUUGACUCAAGUGACAAAUAUCUCUAUAUAACUAAGUAUGAUAUCUCAGAUAGCCUUAUUGCCAAAAUAUCGGCUGAAGAUGGAAGCAUUGUGAGUGCUUAUCAGACAGACACCGGCCUUUCUGGUUGCAAACAUCUUACCUUAUCUCCGAAUGAGGAGAACCUAUACUUGGGGUGUCCAGAUGGAGGAGGAAUUAUUAUCACUGAGAUUACUACAGCUGAUUUCUCUAUCAGUCAUUCUAUCCUAAUGAUUCCGACCGAACUACUUUCGAUAAACCCUUAUACAAAAAGUGAGACAUACAGGACUUUGAUCCUUGGUACCUAUGAUUCCACAACGACGAACAUCACUUAUUACUCUUAUAGUUUCCCUUCUUCAAAUAUCAAUUUUGGCAUUAAGAUUGGGUGAGUAGACACAUGUUCUGUUUUGAGAUCAGCUGAGACUGCUGUUAUGCAGUCCACAGAUCUUUUUGCUAUUGGGUAUAUUAAUGAUAAUACACAGGAGAGUCUUCUCCUGGUAGGGCUCACCAAUGGGUCUUAUGCCGGCAAUUAUGCUGUGAGAAAUACUGGGCAAGGUUCUCCUAAUAGAAAUAUCGUUGGAAUUGGUCAGCUUGGUGACACAGACAGACUAUAUUUGAUGAGUAGCUAUACUUCAGAAACUCUAUUAUGGAUCUAUGACAUAUCCUCUAAGACUUUCUCUACAGCUUAUAGUGGGUCUCGCGAGAUGACAACCAUUGUUGCUAAAUUUGGAUAUUUCAUUAUGGCUACUCAUGAUGCAACUGAGAAUGUUCCAUAUUUAUACAAGAUUGCGUAUGAUGACACAUACAUUACUAAGGAGGUAUUAUCAAAGACUGAUUCAUUGAUGGAUACUUCUCUAACCCCAAUGGCAAUGUCUAUGUCAUCGACUCUAAUCACUUCAGUUACUUCUUCAAGGACGCUAACGUCUGUGAGUCUUACUACAACAGUAAACUCUGCAAUCCAAACAAAUGAGAUAUCCUCAUCUCUGUUGAAUACGAGAAAUAGCUCUUAUCAGACUAUCUACAUACCAGCUGGAGGCAAGAACACCGCAAAUUUGACUUCUCCAUGUUUGUCAACUUCUGGAUAUACUUUAAGUGCUAGUUUGACAACCAACCAGAACGGAGAAAGCUCUCCAUCUUGGAUAAGUUUGAAGGAUGACUUUUCAGCAAUUAUUGCUGAUGCACCUGAGAUUACUAACUCUCAGAGUACUUUCUAUCUUGGGAUCAGUUUCAGUUAUUCUUCCUAUGUGUUUACACAAUACAGCACGAUCAGUUUGUUCGAAUGUGGCAUUUCUAACUGCAAUGGAUGAGAAUACAACACAAAGGAUACCAAGUGCAGUCAAUGCAAAGAUGGAUACAAAUUUUCACAAGAUGGUAAAUCAUGAGAUGAAGAGCUGCUUCCAACUCAAGCCCUUGCCACAACCACCGCUGUGGUAAUUGCAGCAUCAGCAAGUAUCGGAGCUGCAAGCUCGAUAGUAUCUUCAGGUUCAGGCUCAAGCUCUAUAUGGGCGGUCAUGAAUCAGUAUCAGCUGUAUCUUUUGUUCCCAUUGAUUCAAACUUAUUUACCAGGUGACUUCGUAUUUUAUCUAACAGAAUUCGAACUCUUCAACUUUGAUUUUGAGUUCCUUGACAAAGCCAAAGCUCCAGGGAUUGAGUCCUUGGUUGAUGACCUGGACUACAACGCCUCAAGCGCCAUUUUCAGUCAGAAUGGGUUCAGUUCUGGAAGCUUCGUUGUGAAUCAGUUUCAGUUCUUCAAAGUCAUCGGUAUUCUCGGAAUUUUCAACUUCGUAUUUAUUGGAGUGUAUUAUUUGAUUCCUAAACUCAGACAAAAAGAAUGCUCGAAGAAAAUAUAUGGAUGGCUGAUUCCAUUCUUCUAUUUUGCUGCUUACAUAAGGAUGGUGAUUGAAGCGUUCUUGUUUGCAUUCAUCAGCUGUUUGCUUGAGAUCACCACCUUCUCUUCCCUGACCAAGCAACCAGUGUCUUUCUGUUUUUCUUUGGUGUUUUUUAGUUGAUUCAUAAGCCUUCCAUUUCUAAUUUAUCAGCACUUCAAAAAAUAUAACGAGAAUGGAGAAGUCAGAGAUUCAUCGAAGCUGUCAGAAUUUUACGAAGGAUAUGCAAAUGGCAAAAAGAAUAAGCUGUACACAAUUGUGUUCUUAACAAGAAGGAUCGCCACUGCAGUCUGUCUGGUCUGCAUGAGGAACACUCCCGCUUCAAUGAUAUGCUUGAUCUUCUUUGUAAUCCAGCUGCUGCAUUUUCAAUACUUGAUAUUUAACAGACCGUUUGAAUCAAAGAAAGACAACAUCAUUGAGGUUUUGAACGAAGCUGUGUUUCUGACCCUGACACUGAUCAUCACAUUAUUCCAGGAAGAAUCUGACUGGAAGAAAGGGAUGGCUACAGUCCUAAUCAUGAUAGUGAUGAUAAAUGGAUUUAUGAUAUCGUUUAUCAUCAUGGUUGACAGCUGCAUCAGCAUAUCUAAAUCAAUCAAGAUAUGUAAGCGUAGACAGAAUAGAGUAGAGACUUUAGCCAACAACAGACUACAGGCAAGGAAUAAUGCUAAAGAAGAUGUCUCUGAUAAUACCAAGAUUGGUGCCCUACCUCAAAAAAAAGAAGUCAUAGAUCAGAACUCAGAGAGAAUGGAGAAAUUCAACCAUGAAGAUCCUAGUAUAGCUGGCUCAAGAACUCCUAAUACUUCUAAGAUGUACAUCAACGAAGGAAUAAGCAAUGAAUUCGAGGACUAGCCCAACUCUUGGCCACCGAUAAUUCUUUAAUUCCAAUUAAUCCACUC